UCCUGCAUCCAAAGCCCCACUUCCAGGAUGUGCAUGCCGUAUCUGAGUAAGCUCUUCGGUGGAGGCGAUCGCCGGCAGCGUCGCACCCGCGAUGGAGGCGUCACCCCAUUGCCCAGCCUGGCGAAUGUUACCCAGGUCUCCAUGGACACCGUCAAGUCCGCAAAGUCAGCCAAGUCAGCGAAGUCGGCUAAGUCCGGCAAGUCCGCCGGGCGCCGUAGUACCACUGCUGCCAUUCCUGCUGAGUCCAGUGUCAGCAGCAAUGAGGAUAAUGCGGAGCAACCUCUGGCGACCGCCUCCCGAGGAGCUGUGCGCAACGCCACCGCCUCGAUGGCCACCAGUGCUGCUCCAGCCGACGAGGCGAGGUCGCGCCGCUCCUGGUGGGGAUACUUUGGCAUGAGCAAGAACAAGAAGUCCAGCAUUGAGUCGCUCUAGACAGCCGAGGAUCGGGAUUGAAGCCAAUUGCAAUGGUCAUCGAAGUUUGGCUUGCAGUUCCCUAUACACUUAUCCAAAAAUCUUUUACUUUUUUCGCUUUCGAGAUAUAAGUUCCAUGAUAAAAAUAUAAAAACGUUCCAGUUCGGACCUUUGGAACACCAAAA